AUGAUGGAAACGCCUCAUCGUAAGCGCAAUAGGACAGGUAGCCGACAUCGACAUGAACCAAGGAAGUCAGCAUCUCGUGAAAAUGAUCGAUCAUCACGACGUCGACACAAGUCGCGUAAACGGCGUCACCGCCAUUCAAGGUCCAGAUCUGGUACUGUUGAAAAAAGGCCGCCUGUUGUAUACAUGAAUCCUGCGUUUCAAUCAGCUUAUAGUAAUUCUCUGUCUCAUUCGGAUAAUGAAUUGCGCACAACAUUAGUUAAUCAAUUAUCUGCAAGCGAACAACGCAUAAGUUCUUUAGAAUCAGAAUUAAGAGCAGCACAACUCGCACGUGGACGUGCGGAACAGACUGUCUUCGAAGUAAACUCGGAGAAACUGCGCUUAGAAUCACAUAAUGCUGAAAUAAUUCAAGUUAUGAAAACCCUGGAACGUGCCGUAGAGGAAUUGCAGAAUGCAUACAACGCAAUGAAAAAUGAAACAGAACGAAGGCGUAGGGAGACUGAAAGUGCAGAAAAAAAUUUGACGCAAUGUAAGGAACAAACUGUUUUCCUUUCUGACAGAAAUAUGAAAUUGGUGAGAAAAUGUGAAGAAUUAUCAGAGGAAAAUAAAGCUAUUCUUAGCAGGCGUGAUGAGUCUGCAAGGGAAUUGGCUGAAGUUCGACCUCGAAUCGAAGGUCUUCAAGCCGAGUUGCGUCAGAGAGCUGAGGAGAACAGAAAAAUGGUGGCACAAAUGCGCAGCUAUGAAGAGAAGGAACGAUUAUGGAAAAAGGAAAAAGUCGAUUUUGAAAAAAGAAUUGAAAUCAAAGAUGCAAUGGCUGCUGCCGAACGCAGAAAUAAUGAUGAAUGGAAAAAGCGACAUUUAGCAGAAAAAGCUGAAUUAGAAAGAAAAGUGCAGUUGGUGGAACCUGAGAUCAGAAAAGCUCUUGAAGCCGUGAGUUUUUUUGACUCAUUUAUAAAUGAUUAUUUUAGCGAAACUCAAGAAGAAGCAAUCAUGAAAGCUAUUCAAGAUUUACGUACGUAUUAUGAAAAAAAAGUUGAUGAAGUAAUGAACGAAGUAGAAAGUUUGAAAAAUAAUAGCAUAUCAGAUCAGCUUCAAAUCAACAAUGGAUUCGAUAAAAGUUAUUUAAAUAAAAAGAAUAUUUUGAAUGAACAUCGUCGUCGAGCCAGCUCAAUACCACCUAACUGUGAGAAUCUCAUGUCAUGA